GAGUACUCAUGUUGCGCGCAUCUGAACAGAACCCUUGACGGCCACUCUCUCUGAUCUGUCUUUCCGGCCCAAGCUUCUCUUUCAUUGAUAUGGCAAAUAUGUCAGAUCCUCUUGUAAUAGGAGGGAUUAUCGGAGAUGUUGUUGACUCUUUCUCUCCAAGUGUGAGAAUGACUGUAACGUACAACAGAAACAAGCAAGUAUAUAAUGGGCACGAGCUCUUUCCUUCGACAGUAUCCAUGAAACCUUUGGUUGAGGUUGAUGGAGGUGAUUUGAGAUCAUUUUUCACGCUGAUCAUGACAGACCCAGAUGUUCCUGGUCCCAGCGAUCCAUACCUGAGGGAGCACUUACACUGGAUAGUGACGAACAUCCCAGGCACAACAAAUGCAACAUUUGGAAGGGAGGUGGUGGACUAUGAAAUGCCAAGGCCAAAUAUAGGGAUCCACAGGUUUGUGUUCCUCCUAUUCAAGCAGAAACGCAGAGAGACAGUCAAGAUCACAGUCCCACCUCCAAGGGACCUCUUCAACACUCGAAAGUUUGCAGAAGAGAAUGAACUUGGCCUUCCUGUGGCUGCACUCUUCUUCAAUGCCCAAAGGGAGACAGCUGCAAGAAGACGUUGAAAAACUUUGUACAAAUAACCAGCUAAUUAAGCAGUGCAUGAUAUACAUCUACAUGCACAGUAUUUGGAAAGCCAAUGAUAUUCGUUAAAAUAUCAAGCAA